AGAAGAAGAAGAAGAAGAAGAAGCAACAACAUUACAUCAUGGUACUGCCGUGGACAAACAAUGUCCAGGGAAAAACACCCCAAUGACAGUAGGCACUCUGAGAAGAGAAGAUGGCGCGAGAUACAGAAGAUUUGCAUUGAAAAGGCUCUAUCGGCGUGGCCAAAGAUGCGCCGUCAUUGGCUGCUGGUUGGUGCUUGCGGCUGGAUGCUGCUCAUCCUAAUGUUCGUCAGCAAGUUCAUCAACCUCAGAACCUUCAGAGUACCAAAUGACUAUGAGGGGAGGACAGAUAUGUUGUUUUGGACCUUGCCACCUGUUAAGACGAUGAAACCUCCUUCAGCCCAACAGCCAGACAAGGCAGCAUUACAGCCAUCUGUAGUGUCCUCAGUUACACCAUCUGUGGUGGACCCCUUAGACUGGCAGUCUGUGAAUAUGAGACGUUUGGAGUUGUUAUCAACUGUUUGCAGAAAUGUAUCUCUCUGGAACCUCACCCACACCACUCUGCGCAAAUUUGUCUUUGACCGCAUUUUUGUGUGUGACAAGCACAAGAUUCUCUUCUGCCAGACACCCAAAGUGGGUAACACACAAUGGAAGAAGGUCCUCAUAGUGCUUAAUGGAAAGUUCUCCAAGGUUGAAGUCAUACCAGAGAACCUGGUUCAUGACCAUGAGAGAAAUGGUUUACCCCGUCUGUCCUCUUUGAGUGAUGCAGAGAUCCGUCAAAGAUUGAAUUCCUACUUCAAGUUCUUUAUUGUCAGAGACCCGUUUGAGCGUCUCAUAUCUGCUUUCAAGGACAAGUUUGUAAAGAACCCACGAUUUGAACCCUGGUACAAACACGACAUUGCACCGGCUAUCAUCCGCAAAUACCGCAAAAGUCAUCAUGAUGAUGGUGAAAGUGUGGGUUUGCGUUUUGAAGAUUUUGUGCGGUACUUGGGUGACAAGACAGGCCGCCAGCGCUUGGACAGGCAGUUUGGUGACCACAUUAUUCACUGGCUGACAUAUGCUGAGUUGUGUGCGCCAUGUGAUAUUUCCUACAAUGUCGUGGGUCACCAUGAAACUCUCGAGCAUGAUGCUCCAUAUAUUCUAAAAGCUGCUGGUAUCGCUGACCUGGUGUCAUACCCCACUAUCCCGCCAGGAAUAACCGACUACAACCACACCAAGGUGGAACGCUACUUCACCGGAAUCCGGAAACGAGAUGUUCGUCGCCUCUAUGCUCAUUACCAGGGGGACUUCAGUCUGUUUGGUUACCAGAGACCUGAUUUCUUAUUGGACUGACAAAUAGAGAUUCCCUGAUAGUUUUGGUUUACUGAGAAGGAUAAGGUUCUCAAAAGAAAUGUUUAAUUGCCUGACCAACAAGAAAUUGUCGUUUUACAUUGAUCUGUGACCAAAAUAUUAACUUAACACACAAUUAUGUAUUUACAUAAGGUUUAGAUUUGGCUUAGUCAGGAUCUGCACAAAAGAGUAACAAAGAUGUUAUGUUUGAUUUUCUCAAAGAUAAAAUAUUUUCUUCUAUCCCCACUGCAGAGACAACAAUAAGUUAGUUAGUUUGUUGAUUUUCUCUGAAUAAUUUAAACUGUGGCGCUGUUAAAACAUUGCUCUGUUUUUGUUUUAUUUAUUUUUUUUAGUGGUCUGACCAUAUUGGCAUGGGUUAACCAGUGCCAUGAGUUUGGGGCAGGACUAUAUGUUUGUCUGAACUAAGGGAUCAGUGUUAGCUUCGAAAGUUAGCCCCUGCUUAUAGAUUUCUUCUUACUUUGAUGGCUGUACCAAAAGUAGCCAUGUUUUCUGACUAGAGAUUGACUGAUAUUGAUUUUAUUUUAUUGUAUUUUUUUUUACAACCAGUACAAUGCUAAUUAUUUUUAUGUUUACACAUUCAAAAAAAAAAUAAUAAUAAUAUAUGCAAAACAUAUUUAAUAAGUGUUUUGUUUUAUACCUGUUUGCACAAUGGUAACUAAAUAAUCAUUAGACAACAAUUAAACAUAGUAUUAGCCUAUUAAUAUUUAAAAAAAAUAAAAGUAUAUAUAAUACCA